UUUUUUGACAGUCAGAGUGAACAGUUCGUUACAAUUUGUUACUUUUUCAGAUACACGGAUUAAAUCCUCCAAAAAAUACUAAAUUUAGAAGUAAGACCUUUCCCCCCUUUGAACAGUCAGCUGGUUGGAAUCUUGUUUGAAAUUAUUGCAUUCACAUUUUAAUAUAAAUAACUAGAAUAAACACACAUGGUUGAAUUAUCGGAUUACCAACGUCUAGAAAAAGUAGGAGAAGGAACCUAUGGUGUGGUUUACAAAGCUUUAGACACUAAACACAACAAUAGGAUUGUUGCUCUUAAGAAAAUCAGAUUGGAAUCUGAAGAUGAAGGGGUUCCAUCCACUGCUAUCCGGGAAAUCUCUCUCCUUAAAGAAAUGAGAGACGACAAUAUCGUAAGAUUAUACGACAUUAUUCAUUCAGACUCUCACAAACUUUACCUUGUGUUUGAGUUUCUUGAUUUGGAUUUGAAGAAAUACAUGGAAUCGAUUCCUCAAGGCAUGGGAUUGGGCAAUGAUAUGGUUAAGCGAUUCAUGAAUCAACUUAUCAGAGGUAUAAAACACUGUCACUCCCACCGUGUCUUACAUCGUGAUUUGAAACCACAGAACCUUUUGAUUGACAAGGAAGGUAAUUUGAAGCUUGCUGAUUUCGGGUUAGCUCGUGCCUUUGGGGUCCCCUUGCGAGCAUACACCCACGAAGUGGUCACAUUAUGGUACCGUGCCCCAGAAAUCUUGCUUGGUGGUAAACAAUACUCUACUGGGGUGGAUAUGUGGUCUGUGGGAUGUAUAUUUGCGGAAAUGUGUAAUAGAAAACCUUUGUUCCCUGGUGAUUCCGAAAUUGAUGAAAUCUUCCGGAUUUUCAGAACCUUGGGUACUCCUAAUGAAGAAGUCUGGCCCGAUAUUAGCUAUUUGCCUGAUUUUAAGCCUGGAUUCCCACAAUGGAAGAAGAAACCAUUAUCAGAAGCAGUUACAAGCUUGGAUAAAGACGGUAUUGACCUUUUAGAGCAAAUGUUGGUUUAUGAUCCAAGUAGAAGAAUAAGCGCAAAGCGAGCAUUGAUCCAUCCAUAUUUCCAAGAAGAUGGAAGUGAUAAUGAAGUCAGCGGUGAUGCUCACUAUGACAAUUAUUCAAGAUCGGUUAAUAUGGGAUAAUGUGUGUAUUUACAAAUAGAAAAUUUUACGAGUAUUAAAUUAUAUAAGAAAGGGCUAGUAUCAAGAAGAUAAUAGCUAACCAAAACUUAGUAGCUUCUUCAGUCAGAAUCUCUUCUGCGUCAUAUACAGGCAAUAUGGCGUUCGUUUGUAGAUCGUCACUAUCAUCAGCUUGCAACUUUUCAUACUCAAAGCCCUUGUCCAUUUCCUCUGUAAUGCUCGAGUAGUGGGGAUUCGUUAUAUCGCCAUACAGCAUGAAAUUGUCAUCAUCGGUUGAAAUAUCCACUGAUAUCAAUGAUUCUCGUACCGAACCAGAAUUCACACUCUUUGUGAUAGCAAUAUCAUCCUGGUGGUCUUGAUCGCAUUCGUCCAAACGGGAGCUUUCUCCUAGUGGCAAGUCUUCUGGAUCAGACUCGGUAUGUGUCAUUAUUUUAUCAACGUUCAGGGAUACAUCACAGAGAUCCUUUAAAUCAAGGGAUAAGUUAUCAUUUGAUGCUGGAACUAUAUUAGUUACUUUCAAGUUUGUGUUUUGUAUCAAGCUUAGACGGUUAUUUCUUGCCAUAUAUUCAUAAUAAGAAGUUCGUUUAUCACUGGAUAGUCUGUCAUUUACAGCUGGUACAAUAUUACUUGGUUUCAAAUUUGAUCCUUCAAUACUAGAACGAUUACUGCUAGACAUAUAUCCAUAGUAUGACAUUCGUUUUUCUUUACCAGGUGCUCUAUCAGAUACAAUAUUCUUUGGUUUCAAACCUGUUCUUUGAUCUGAAUUAUUGUUGCUUGCCAUGAUUUCAUAGUAAGAUCUUCUAUGUUGCUUAGAUACGCUUGUCAAUACCGGAAUAUUGCUUGGUUUAAACUCUUUAUUUUCAUUGUCGAUAUCAAAUCUCUCCCUGUUUGACACGAUCCCAUAAUAAGAUCUUCUAUUUUCUUUGGCUUGCUUCCUUACUGGAAUCCCUGAGAGUGAUUUAACUCUUCGUGAUCCAUUUUUUUCCCAUAAUGAUUCAUGAUUCGGAUCUUGCUCUGGUAUAUCUUCGACAAAUUCACCAUUGAAAGCUGAUUUCAAUUGCUCAAAAUACUGGGGAUCAUAUCCUCUUUCCUCUUUAUACUGAUUGAAUUCCCAGGAUAGGUCAAUUAACUCUUCACGGAUCAUGUCAAUUCUGUCAAUCAUGCUAUCAUUAUUCUCUAUUAGUGCUUUCAAUUCUUUCAUGUCUUGAUCAUUCUUUUGUUUAAUCAGAGAUAUAUCAUUUUCCAAGUUUGAAUAUUGUUGGUCGAGUUUAUUAUGGAAUUUCUCUAAAUCUUGUAAUGUUUGCCGUAUUUGUGACAUUGAAGAAGAAUUCAGUUUUGUUGAUUGAGCCAGAUCCAGUCGCUUGUGUUUAAAAACAUCAGAAUCAGGCUCAUCAACAGGUGACAAUUCCUUCGGUCGG